AUGAUUUUUAACAGUAAAAAUAAUAAUCAUGGAAUUAGUCGAUUUGGAAUUGGUAUUAGAAACAAUUUAAAUAAUCAACAACAACAACAACAACAACAGCAACAGCAACAGCAUUAUCAAGUUCAACAACAACAGCUACAACAGCAACAACAUGAUGAAAAGUUGAUAUUCGAAUUACUCAAGAAACCAUUAGUAGAUAAAAAAGUCAUUGCUCAUAUCUACCGAUUAAUAAUCAAUCGUACAAAUGGCCAUGGCGCUAUUCCUGAGAUGAUCUCCAACAACAACGGUGGUGGUGGUAGUGGUAGUGGUGGAAGUAGAUUCAGCAAUAGUAAUAACACAGAUGAAUCUAUUUCAAUUGAUCCAGAUGCACUUGUUCUUCUCAACUAUGUUACCUUUAAAUUUCUAAAAUACCUCUUAAUGGAGACCUACGAUAAUAAAUUGAAUGAAUCGAAACAAAUUACUCUUAAUUCCACAGAGGAAUUCAGUAGGAUCGCACAGGAAAUGGCAAUGGCAGACCCAAGCCUAUCUAUUGGAACAAAGAUAACAUCUUUCAAUGCAUCAGAGAUAGGUUUGAAACGAUACCACUACCUGAAUCAAUAUUUCUAUGAGGAGACAACCGCAGCCGAUCAGCAAUCCCCUUCGGGUCAAGAAGUCAUAGUGGUCGAUAAUCAAAAUAAUAAUAAUAAUACAACUACUACUACGACAACCACCACCACCACUAAUACCAUCAGUGAAUUUGAUGAAACAAAACCUCAUUACUUGAAUAGUUAUUUCCUACUUCCAAAAUAA